AUGACUGUGCCGUUUCUGGUCAAGGCUCUCUACGAGUAUAGCUCGCCUCAUGAGGAUGACCUCAACUUCGAUGUUGGCCAGAUCAUCACCGUCAACGAAGAGGAAGAUGACGAUUGGUAUGGGGGCGAAUAUGUCGACCAUGGCGUGAGAAAGGAGGGCAUUUUCCCCCGCAACUUUGUUGAGAAGUUGGAACCAACUGCUCCUCCUCGGCCGACGAGAUCACGUCCCAAGAAGGAACCCGAAGCUCACAUGUCGGAGGAUGUUGUUGCUCCGGCACCACCACCGCCUGCUCCAGUUCAUGAGCUAGAGCCCGAGCCCGAAAAAGAAGAAGAACCAGAACAUGAAGCUGAGCCUGUCGAGGCCGAGCGCCCCGUCCCGAUCGUCCCGGUGCCGGUGACAGCCAUGCGUUCGGAGCCGGGCCUGGCCAAGUCUCACGAGGCUGUCACGGCACCACCAGCGGGCUCCAAACAAGCCGGAGCUCCAGUUCCAAAACCCAAACCCGGUCCGCCUCCGGUUUCCGAAAAGCCCUCGAGCAACUCGUUCAAAGAUCGCAUAGCCGCGUUCAAUCAAGCAGCGGCACCGCCUGUCGCUCCAUUCAAGCCCGGCGGCUUGAGCGCAAGUGGCGGCUCGUCUGGAUUUGUGAAGAAGCCAUUCGUCGCGCCGCCCCCUAGUCGUAACGCAUACGUGCCGACUCCGCGGGAGAAGCCGACCACAAGCAUCUACCGUCGCGAAGAGGAUCCUGAAAUCAAGGAAAGGCAGGCCGAAGCUCAGGACCAGGCAGAGCUAGCUGGGUUGGCUGCAGGGGAACAGCCUCAAGAGGGUGGUGCGGGGGAUGACCAGCCUAAGCCUACCAGCUUAAAGGAGCGUAUUGCUUUGCUUCAGAAGCAGCAGAUGGAACAGGCCCAACGUCAUGCCGAUGCGGCUGCUAAGAGAGAGAAAGCAAAGAAACCAGUCAAGAAGAAACCCGAAGCCGCCCCUCAAGGUGGGGCAGAUGUAGAAGAAGCCGAAGAAAGCCGUCACUCAACAUCGCUCGAACGAGUUGAAACUGGGGGAACUCAACCCAGAACUUCUACAGAUGAUCCUCAUGCCAUCGCGCCUCCAACAAGACGCAGAUCUUCCAAAGGCCCUACGCCCAAUGAGUCUCAUGAUGGCAAUGAGGCCGAUAUGUCUGGCGCUGGUGACACCACGGAGGGUCAUGACGAUACUACUGAGCGUGAAGACGGUGAAGACAUGUCCCGUCAUGCCCCGCGCGCUCCGACGACAUCUACUGCUGCUACCGCCGACCUCUCUCGCGAGCCAGAGGAAGCAAAUUAUGGGGGAGAGGAAGGCGAUGAGGAAGAACAGGAGGAAGAAGAAAUCGACCCCGAGGUAAGACGGAAAGAGGAAUUACGGGCUAGAAUGGCAAAGAUGAGUGGCGGCAUGGGCUUCCAUGGCAUGUUUGGUGCCCCAAUGCCAGGAAUGACGAAAGCUCCGCCUAAGAAGAAGGCAGUCAAACCUGCGGAAGCGUUAGGAGCCGAUGAAGAUGCUCAGGAGCCCGUCACCCGUGCGGCACCGCCGGUCCCGACUCCCAUGGCCUUGCCCGGCAUAGGCAGCGCUCGAGCCUCCAACCGAAGCCAACCGGCGGAAAAAGAGGAGGAUGCUGAUGGUGGCGACGUCACACCAGCUCAAUCGAGGAUGGUGCCUCCUCCAGUCCCUUCUCGGGAACAAAAAGCAGAUUCCGACGAUGAGGAAGAAGAUGAGGCAGUAACCCCGGCGCCCAUUUCCGAGGUGUCUUUUCGUCGAGAUACAAGCGCUCCUCCUCCUAUUCCUGGUGGUCGACCGGCGCCUCCCCCGGUGCCUGCUGAGGCUCGAGGACCACCUCCGCCACCCCAAGCUGAUGUCAAAUCCCCCACAGAAGGAUCGGAAUCAGAUGACGAGCUUUCUGCAGGAACGAGAGAAAAGGACUUGGAGCAGGCCGGCACUCAAAGCAGACGUUUGCCGCCAAUGCCACCAGCACCUGCUGCUCUUCCCUCGAGAUCGCCUCCGCAGUCUCCUCGCCCAGACGAGGCUUUGGGGUCAUCUCCUACCACUGUCGCCAGCAAGCGAAGCAGCCGACCACCACCUCCAAUACCCGGAUCCGCACCGGCUCCCCCGCCAGCUUCGAGCCGGCCGCCGCCGCCGCCGCCACCACCUCCUGGAGGUUCGAGUCGACCAUCGACGGCGGAUAUUCCUGCUCCCACACCGAGUCGCCCAUCACAGGCGGGAGAGGAGGAGGAUGAAGAGGUCACGGAGUAUGAGGGCGACUACGAUACUGAUAUUGCCUCUAGCGUCCCUCACAAGGAUGCUCUGAAGUCUCACGCCCGUGACUCAAGCGCGGAGGAUAACACCCUGACGUCGCCGACACGAGACACUCGUUCUAAUGCUUCUAAUAUUCCUCCUGUUCCAUCUGCCUCAGCUCCUCGAGCCGUUCCACCUCCCGUUCCCAGCCAACAAGCCUCGGAUCAUAAGCGACGGUCGGUAGAUAUUCCUCACGUGGCUCCACCUCCGCCCCCAAGGGAGCCUGCUCCCACUGCAGCCCACGAGCACGACACAGGAGACUACAGUCCUUACAGUUAUUCUUCGCCGGCGCCAGCGCCGCCUCCAAUGGGGUCUAGUUAUGGCCAGAGCACACCAAAGAUUGAUGAAAAGAAUGCAUAUUCACCUGGACCAUCCUCGCCCACGGACCGCCGACCGCCGCCUUCAGUGCCGCCGCCUCGGCCAGGCAACAAGCAGUCGAUGGAUGUCCCGAGGACAAGCAUCAGCAACAGGAGGUCCAUGGACAUGCAUCGGCCUUCGGUUGAAUCCGACUUCAUCGCCAACGACGUCGACCUUGCAGUGCAAAGCGGAUGGUGGAAGCAGGCCAAUCAAGUUCCACCCGUCUUCCAAGGACGAAGAGACAUCCACUUCGAAAGCGAAGAGACGACCACCACCAACCAGGGCUCCAAGACGGUAAUCACGCGCGACGUGUUUGUUCUCUUCCAAGACUAUUCGCAGACGGUGAUUACCGUCCGAUACGACCCAUAUGACCCGUCGGACGUGGAACUGGAGCAGAGACACGAGCCGCCCCCGCGGUCCCUUCGUCAGGACCAGAUGGAAGAGUUUUACGAACGUUAUGGAAGGCAGAUAUCGGAGGCCGCCACGUCCAAGAAGGACACGGUUGUCAGUGACGGCACGCCACAGGGCUUCGUCAUGGAGUUGCUGCGACCCCUGAGUGGCGCCCUCUCGCCUGUUGGCACGCGCUCGUACGGUGCCCUGGUCUACGCCAACAUGGCCAACGCAUCCACGCAGCAGCAGGAUGUCAUUCGGGCGGGAGAUGUCAUUUCGUUCCGCAACGCCAAGUUCCAGGGCAAACAUGGACCCAUGCACGCCAAGUACUCGACGGAAGUGGGCAAGCCGGAUCACGUCGCGGUGGUUGCUGAAUGGGACGGGACCAAGAAGAAGGUUCGUGCGUGGGAGCAGGGACGGGAGAACAAGAAGGUCAAGAUGGAGAGUUAUAAGCUGGAUGACUUGAGGAGCGGCGAGGUCAAGAUUUGGAGGGUGGUGCCUCGUACCUGGAUCGGCUGGAACAUAAAGCCCUAG